GAGAGAGAGACAACAACUUGACAAUGACUUGCCCAUCAUCAUCCCGACCUCUCUACUUGUUCACCGCUUCACCGACACUCUUCUCUUCUCUCUCACUUCUACCGAAAACUAUCCCAAUCAUGCCCUCCAAAGUUCUCAUCUGUGGAAACGUCAAGCAGAACCUCGUCUGGGCUACCGAGGAUGCCAAGGAGAUUCUCGGUGCCGCUGAUGCCGAGAUUGUGCCUUUCACCAGCCAGUCGAGGGAAGAGUUCUUGAACGACCUCAAGGGCAAGUACUCGGAUAUUGUCGCCAUCUACCGACACAACGACUCUGCCAACUCGAUCGGCGUGUUCGACCCCGAGAUCAUCAACGCCCUCCCUUCGUCCGUCAAGUACAUCUGCCACAACGGAGCCGGGUACGACCAGAUCGACCUCCCCUCCUCGACCGCACGUGGGAUCGAGGUCUCCCACACCCCCGGUGCCGUCGAUGAUGCCACGGCGACGACGGCCAUGUUCCUCAUCCUCUCUUCGUUGCGUCAAUACUGGAAGGCCGAGACCAACGCCCGAUCGGGCAAGUGGAAGCAAGGUCUUUCGCCCGCUCACGACCCCGAGGGCAAAACGAUCGGGAUCAUCGGCAUGGGAGGUAUCGGAUCCGUCGUCGGCAAGCGAUGCUUGGCCUUCGGCAUGAAGGUCAUUUACCACAACCGGAACCCCAUCUCGCCCGCUCCCGAUUUCGAAUGCGAAUACGUCGCCGACCGUGACGAGCUCUUGAAGCGGAGCGAUAUCGUCAGCUUGAACUUGCCCCUCAAUGACAAGACCAAGGGUAGUUUCGGCAAGGCCGAAUUUGAAAAGAUGAAGGAUGGCAGCAUCUUGAUCAACACGGCUCGAGGUGGUGUGGUCGACCAGGAAGCCCUGAUCGAGGCUUUGACCAACGGCAAGCUCUACUCGGCCGGUCUUGACGUCUUCCCCAACGAACCCGAGAUCGACCAACGUCUCGUCGAGAUGAACCACAUCACCCUCCUACCUCACAUGGGUACCGAGGCUCGAGGCACUCAGCGCAAGAUGGAAUGCCAGGCUUUGAAGAACAUCGCUUCCGCCCUCCAGGGCAAGGGAUUGAUCAACCAGGUCGCCGAGCAGAAGCAAAAGAAGUAAGCGAGCGAGAGAGGGCCAGGUGGUGGUGGCAAAGGGGGAAAAGGCAUCUAGAACGCGGCUGGCAUUUUUUUGGUUGUACGAUAGAGACAAGAUCAGUGUAAAGAGAUCAUACCGACAUUACAUCAUGCAUGUUCAUAACAAACCA